AUGGAUGCAGUAAUCGACCUUUCCGAUCGCUCUAAGGCAUUGGACCUGAAUCAUAUUCGCGUUCAACUCAUUCGAAUGGAGGACUCGAUCAUUUUUCACUUGAUCGAGCGUGUCCAGUUCCCAUUCAACGGCACUAUCUACAAGGCUGGUGCCAUCGACAUCCCAGACAGUAGUCUCAGUUUCUUAGACUGGCUACUGUGUAAGCGGGAGGAGCUUGAUUCCAUGAUUCGCCGCUUCCAGUCUCCCGAUGAGUAUCCAUUCUUCCCGGAGUCUAUUAAAAAGCCAAUUCUCAAACCUCUUCACUAUCCUAAGAUCCUUCACAAAAAUGAUGUCAACGUCAACGAGAAGAUUAAGAAUAGCUAUAUCGAGAACUUCCUCCCAGGAGCUUGCGCAAACUUUGGACGUCAAGACCGCGGUGAGACUGAGGAAAACUACGGAUCAUCAGCUACAGCCGACAUCAACUGCUUGCAGGCUAUCUCUCGAAGAAUCCACUUCGGCAAGUUUGUAGCUGAGUCGAAGUUCCAAACGGAGACCGAGAGGUUCACCAAGUUGAUCAAAGAAGAGGACCGUGAGGGCAUUGAUGUUGCGAUCACCAAUGCGAAGGUUGAGCAGCAGGUAUUGGAUAGACUGCGUCUGAAGGCAACGACUUAUGGCAUGGAUCCAGCUAUCGGUGCUGAGGGACCUGGAAAGAUUAACGUGGAUGCGGUGGUCACAAUGUACAGAGACUUCGUCAUUCCACUUACCAAAGAGGUCGAGGUUGAGUACUUGAUGCAGAGACUUGGACCUGAUGAAUAA